AUGUUAGAAAAAAAGUUUGCUGACAUUGACAAGAAAUUUGAGAAUGUUUUAAACAAGAACAAGAGGAAGUUAGAAAAUGCUCAGAUAAAGCCUAUACAUGACAAGUUCUUAUUUGCUCAGAAUGGUAUAACAGGUCUAAUUGCACCACCUGGGUCGGGUAAGACUUUCACUUAUCUUAAAAUGGCUGCACAACAACAAGAACUAGAUGAGAAGAACCCAUUUUAUGAGUUAGUUGUCAUUUGUAGUACUUCUGGUCAAUUUGACCAAACCGUCAAUUCGUUCAAAGAUAUUAUAAAAAAGUCUAAGUUAGUAUGUAUAAAAGACUCUGAGUUGUUAGAUUGGAUAAAGAAGUACCAAAGAAGGGUUUUGAAGUACAAUGCUAUAAAUGAGUAUAUAAAUUCGAAGUUUAAAGACCCAAAUGAGGAAAUGCAGAGAAUAUUAGAGAAGAAACACUUCAGAAACAAACAGAAAGAGAUAGAAUACAUUUCGAAGAAAUUGCAAUCUUACGAUUGGAAGACAUACCCUCAUAGGUGUCUUCUUAUCUUAGAUGACUUUGCUUCUCAUCCUUUGUUAAAGAACAGAGAACAAGACAU